AUGAACCCGUCCCACGCGCAGAAUCAUUUUCUGGAAAUAGGCAAGAAGAACUGCUGUGUGUUCCGGGAUGAUUUCAUUGCCAAGGUGCUGCCACCGGUGGUGGGGCUGGAGUUUGUGUUCGGGCUCCUGGGCAAUGGCCUUGCCCUGUGGGUUUUCUGCUUCCACCUCAAGUCCUGGAAAGCCAGCCGGGUGUUUCUGUUCAACUUGGCUGUGGCUGACUUUCUCCUGAUCAUCUGCCUGCCUUUCCUGACCGACAACUAUGUGAGGAAGUGGGACUGGAGGUUUGGGGAAAUCCCCUGCCGGAUGAUGCUCUUCAUGUUGGCCAUGAAUCGCCAGGGCAGCAUCAUCUUCCUCACGGUGGUGGCCGUGGACAGGUAUUUCCGAGUGGUCCAUCCCCAUCACGCUCUGAACAAGAUCUCCAAUCGGACGGCGGCCCUCAUCUCCUGCCUCUUGUGGGGCAUCACUAUCAGCCUGACGAUGCACCUCCUGUACAAAAAGAUGCUGAUCAGGAGUCACAAUUCGAAUCUGUGCAGUAGCUUCAACAUCUGCCACACUUUUCGCUGGCAUGAUGCCAUGUUCCUCCUGGAGUUCUUCCUGCCCCUGGGCAUCAUCCUGUUCUGCUCGGCCAGGAUCAUCUGGAGCCUGCGGCAGCGGCAAAUGAACAAGCAUGUCAAGAUCAAGAGGGCCAUCAACUUCAUCAUGGUGGUGGCCAUUGUCUUCAUCAUCUGCUUCCUGCCCAGUGUGGCCGCACGCAUACGCAUUUUCUGGCUCCUGCACACCACUGGUACGGAGAACUGUGACACCUAUCGCUCGGUUGACCUGGCUUUUUAUAUCACCCUCAGCUUCACCUACAUGAACAGCAUGCUGGACCCUUUGGUGUAUUACUUCUCCAGCCCAUCUUUCCCCAACUUCUUCUCCACCUUGAUCAACCACUGCCUGCGGAGGAAGGUGCUGGAUGAGUCUGAGAAUAACCGCAGCACAAGUGUCGAGCUCACGGGGGAUCUGAGUACUACCAAGAAUGUUCCCAACACUUUAAUGGCCAAUCCCAGGGAGCCUCAGAGCCCCUCUUAUCUGUCUCCAGCCUCUCCUUAA